AUGGGUUUGAACACCGAGCUGGCCCGGACCGUCGUCUUGGCGUCUUCGCUGGUGUUUGUAAUUGGAGCGCCAAACGCCAAAUGCCAGGUGUCAAAUGGAGCCGACUUGCAUCUCAAACCAAACAUUGAGAUCUUGUCACCGAUCAGAUGGGCAGCUACUGUUCGGUUGAGAGAACACAAACUAAAGCUUAAGCCAAAACCGUGGCGUGUGAGGUAUCUGGGGGCCGAGGUCACGUGUAAAAAGCACAUCAGCAACAAUGUUACCAUCUGGGAGCUGGUGUGUAAUUGUGUCAAGGCUGAAGCGGGUGACAUUGUGAAUAUAACUGUCACUAUAGGCCCAGAAACGUACAGGGACAAUUACGAAGUGCCAGAUCCAGUACCAGAAUUUCAUCUGUCUGUUGAUCCGUUGACCAAAUCCGCCAACCUGACUGUGAAACCUGGAGCCAAGGUGUACGCCAGGUGGUGUUACAGGAAGAGUCAAGAUGAGUGCAAUGGUCCACCCCAUUCCAGUCUAAUAACUACUGAUCCAUCUCAGUCUCCGUCAGUCAUCCUUAACUUCCCUUUCCUGCUGCCCUGUGUCUGUGUGCAGGUAUUUUACACCUUCUUAGAUGCCCGUCGAAAUACAAAGUGCCCGUUUCAAAAUCAGACUCUUGGAGCAAUCAGAGACAUAUGGCACUCAAGUGAAAUCACACUGUAUGAUUCAAGUGUGGAAUGGAGCUCCGAGUGUCCUGCUAGCAACCUGAAGCCUUCUGCCUCCCUCUGCUGGAGCCCACAGCCCGAACUGUGCACACCCAUACUCAACUCCACCCUGGAGGAGACGGGCCAAAAAGGAAACUUGAAAUUCAACAUUUCGGCUGUGGACAAACACCCGCAGAUAUGUGUGCAGUUGUCGCUACAAGACAGCCAUCAUUUUCAUUGCCCCUUCCGGUCUGACGUGUCCCCGUGGGAAGCACAUAUUGGAGCUGGUAGGCAGGGUGUGUUUGUGUACCUCACCUCAUCUGUCCCAGCAAGGUUCUCCGCUCAACUCUGCAUCCUGAAUGAGAGAGGCUGUGCUUCUCAAGGACAUGUGCACUCGAUAAGAAUGCGAGGAAAUAGAGACGAGUCAUGGAUCAGUGUGCCCCUUCAUUCCCCAGCUGACAAACCUUGCGUGCAGGUGUGGCAGUCAGACCCUUAUAAGCAGGGCAAAAGGAUUCUGUGUCCGGACUACACACACAGGCGAUGUGGUGUGAUUGCUGUGGCAGCCUUGCUGAUGGUGACUGUCAUGGCUUGGCUGGGAAAGCUCAUCCAUCAUGUGACCAAGAAAAGAGCUACAGGUUGGCUGUCUAUCCAGAAGCCAGUGUUGCUUGUGUGCUCAUCGGAGCAGUCCGCCCAUGUGUAUGCCGUAUGUGCUUUGGCAUCAGUCCUGCAGGGAGAGCUCUGUGCCAGUGUCCGAAUGGCUCUGUGGGAUCAGAGUUCAGAAAGGCACAUUGGGGCGGAGGCCAAGAGGGGAGUGCCAGAUCUGGGUCCACUUCCCUGGCUGUAUGGACAAUGGGAGGCAGUUCAGAAGGCAGAAGGAAAAGUGCUGAUCGUAUGGAGUCACGAGGCCAAGGCAUCCUAUCAGAAGUGGGUAGAAAAGAGCACAGGAAGGCAGUGCAAUGAACAAAAGAAAGAAAAGGACAGUAAAAGGGAGGUGAGACUUGAGAAAAUAAGAGACGAGUCAGAGAAGAAAGCGACAGCAAAAGGAAGGCGGGUUGGAAAGAAUACAAAAGGGAGAGCUGUACAGAAGCAAAGUGAGCCUUCAUCAGUGACAGAGCCGGUGUUCAUGGCGGCCAUGGCCUGUCUACAGGGGGCGCUGCAGAAGAGAAACAAAGACCACGGAGUCGCCCUCGUCUACUUCCGGGGCCUCAGCCAGAGCAAGGAUAUUCCGAAGGAGCUCAGACACAUUCCUCGAUACUGCUUACCGCAGGAUUUCAGGGGUCUAAUACAAGAACUAGGAGGGACAUUAAGAGAGAUAAAAAGUGAAGGAUUUGGGUGGCACUGCUGGCCCAGACUCCUCUCAAAAAUAAUAUCACUGUGUUUGGCAAAACGAUUGGCCCAGCAACUAAGAACAUGGCUACCACAGACAAAGGUGCAGACUCACAGAAAAAAAACACAGGAGCUGAGGCCUAAAUCAUCGCAGAGAGCAAUAUCAGAUAAUAAAAUACGGAGCGGCUGCAAGCAGCCAUUGUUAGUCAGCCUGACAAAGUCAGGAACUGUGCUGGAGCAAGGAAGUGUUAAGAGGCUGGCUCUUGAAUCUCUGGUUUCACCUGUCUGA